GCUUGGCCUACGGCAAGCAGACACAGCUCAGUACUCAGUUCACCUAACUCACUACCAACCAUGAAGGUCUACGGCAUGUUCCUGUUGGCCGCGGCCAUGGCCGGCGCUGUGUCGGCCGGCGCCGGCAAGCUCUGCGAUAUGGACCCGGUCCCGGCCGUCACGCCCGCCGCCACGACUGCCACUGAGGCCCCUGUUGUCCCCGAGACUGAGGCCCCUGUGGCCCAGACAACGGACGCCCCGGCCGCUGAGACCGAGGCCCCCGUGACGCAGGACGACGGCAGCAACGCUCAGCAGCAGCAGCAGAGCAGCGUGGACGGUGAGGCCAGCACCUCGGCGGCCGGCUCGGACGCCACGCAGCAGACCACGCAGCAGGCAACCAUCGCUGGCGGCGAGCAGUCGACGACCGGCACCGUCUCGAACGCGUACUCGUACACGGGCGAGAACUGCGGUGGCCCCGGCUCGUACGACCAGGUGACCAACAUCGCGUCAUGCUCCAAGUCCUCCGUGACGACGUCGAGCCCCGUGUCGCCCCUUGACACGGGCGUCACGGUCGCCUUCCGCGGCCCCAUGACCAUCUACAACAUCGCCGUGUUUGACGGCACCAACGGCACGUGGAGCAAGGUCUCGUCCUACGAGAAGGGCGGCGCCGUCGCCAACAUGGUCUUCCUCAACAACGAGAACAUCGACUACUCGGGCGCCGGCUCGCCCGAGGGCUUCUGCGAGGCCGAUGGCACGGGCACCGCCAAGGAGCCCACGGCCUUCGGUGGCGUGCUUGCUGCGGCCUCGAACCCCGGCGGCCAGUCCAUCGUGGCUUCGGAGAACACGGGUGCGGAGGUGCACAUCAUGACCGACAAACAGUGCGGCGUCGACGUCGAGUGCGAGGGCGCCUACGACACGGACGGCACGGCCUACGCUGGAUGGAGCGGCGGCAAGAAGAUCUUCCUGACCAAGGUGUCCAUGGAGGAGGGCGGUGCGCCCAACGUGCCCGCUAUCUGGAUGCUGCCCGACCAGGUGACCCACUCGGGCCAGUACGGCUGCAACUGCCGUGGCACGGGCCCCGCCGGCGGAUGCGGUGAGCUCGACAUCGCCGAGGUGCUGGAGAAGGACACGAGCUACUGUGCCACGCACUACUACUUCUACGACGGCACGUACAACCCGGGCAACGACAAGUUCUCCCAGCGCCCGACGGACGGCCCCACCACGUACGUGACCAUCAUUGACCAGGACUACGGCGUCAAGGUCAUUGAGCUCGGCGCGGACGACUUCGACUUCAGCAGCGGCACCAUCUCCAACGACGUUGUGUCGCAGUGGGAGUCCGCCGAGUAA